AGGAACGCAUGAUAUAUAUAACUAGCUUAAUCAAGUAUUUAACACGAUAAAACAUCGAUAUAACACAAAAAUGUACUAUUCACAGUACAAUUCGUUGCCUUGACAUCUUUAACCAUCCAAUCGGUCCUGGCGGUUGAGUGAGUGAUUCCUGAAUCUAUUCACAGCUGCUCGGUCGCUUCCAUGAGCCACUACGCUCCGGAUUUGGAAAGGAAAGGAACAGCUGUUGUAACGUUUUAGCAAUUUCAAUAGAGAAGACACAAACAGUAGUGGGACAUGAGGGGUGUACAGGAGUCCCAGCAGCAUUGGAAACCGCGAGAGCAGAUGCCGUAGUGGAUCAUGGCCGAGGACUAUUGGGAGCGCGCGGCGGCUUUGGGAUAUCAUUACUGCUGUUAAGAUUAUACGAGCAACACACAUUUAUUCACUCACACACGGGAUUUCAAGUCCACCGGGCGGUUGAACAGUGGCAGCCCCUCCACCCUCCACAUCUCAGCCCCCCCUUCCCCCACUGAUGGACCGCAUGAGGAAGAUCAAACGGCAGCUGUCCCUGACGCUGCGGGGGGGUAAUAGCGGGGACAAGACCAUGAGCGAGACCAUCAGCUCUCAGGACACAGGAGCGCACAGUGAUUCCGAGGCCAUGCCAGUUGGGGGCAGUGGUGGUCUGCGGGGUUCAGUGAGAGGUUCGGGGGGUUCCUUCAGCAUGCACUCCCUCCUGCAGUCCUACAGCAGUGCUCUGCGCAGACCACGCAGCCUGGGCCGCAGUCUCAGCUCCUAUCUCAACCACACCACGCGCCUCGAGAUAGUCCAUGAAGACGUAAAGAUAGGUUCAGAUGGAGAAAGCGAUCAGGCUUCGGUCACGUCCUCCGAUGAGGUGCACAGCCCCGUCAGAGUUCGUCUGAGAAACAACCCCGGCCGCAAAAUUUCCACAGAGGACAUAAAUAAGCGUCUGUCUCUGCCAGCUGAUAUAAGACUUCCUGAUGGCUACCUGGAGAAAUUCAGCCUCAACAGUCCACUGUUUGACAAACCACUCAGCCGAAGAUUACGCAGAGUAUCGCUGUCUGAGAUUGGAUUUGGAAAGCUGGAGACUUAUGUGAAACUGGAUAAACUGGGGGAGGGCACCUACGCUACAGUAUAUAAGGGCCGCAGUAAGUUGACCGAUAACCUGGUGGCCCUGAAGGAGAUACGUUUAGAGCAUGAAGAAGGAGCCCCAUGCACUGCCAUUAGAGAAGUGUCUCUUUUGAAGGACCUGAAACAUGCCAACAUUGUGACACUUCAUGACAUCAUCCAUACUCAGAAGUCUCUUACUCUUGUGUUCGAGUACCUGGAUAAAGACCUGAAACAGUACCUAGAUGACUGUGGAAACUGCAUUCAUAUGCACAAUGUCAGGCUCUUCCUGUUUCAGCUGUUGCGAGGUCUGAACUACUGUCACAGACGCAAAGUCCUUCAUCGAGACCUCAAGCCCCAAAAUCUCCUGAUCAACGAUCGUGGGGAGCUAAAACUGGCCGACUUUGGUCUUGCACGAGCUAAGUCGAUUCCCACUAAGACCUACUCCAAUGAGGUGGUAACACUUUGGUACCGCCCCCCUGACAUCUUAUUGGGCAGCACAGACUAUUCCACUCAGAUUGACAUGUGGGGUGUUGGCUGUAUCUUCUACGAGAUGUCGACGGGUCGGCCCUUGUUCCCGGGCUCCACAGUGGAGGAGGAGCUGCACUUUAUCUUCAAACUGCUCGGUACGCCCACAGAGGAGACCUGGCCUGGAAUAACCUCCAAUGAGGAAUUCAUCUCCUAUAACUACCCCCGAUACCGCGCAGACUGUCUCCAUAACCACACUCCACGAUUGGACAAUGAUGGAGUUGAACUUCUGUCUAAACUGCUGCAGUUUGAGGGGAAGAAACGCACCGCGGCAGAUGAAGCCAUGAGAAGUCUAUACUUCCACUGCCUAGGCGAGAGGAUUCUCACACUGCCAGACACUACAUCUAUAUUUGCACUUCAAGAUAUUCAGCUGGAGAAGGAGCCAGGAAUGAGGACGAGCGCGCUGUCAGAAUCAGACAACAGCAUAUCUCAACGACAGAGCCUGCUCUUCUGAGGGUGUGUUGGGUAUCUCGGCUCAGGAUGGGACGGGGAAACCGAAGAUAUACGUCAAGACGCGUCGAGACAUUUCCUGUUGUAAAGAUAAAGGGAUAUCUGUUUUUUAUUUCUGUGAAUGAGUCAUUGCUAGUCCUGUGGCAUUAUGUGUUUAGAAGGGGUCACUGUAGCUGUUUACAUGGAGAUGCAGAGGACAAUGUCAUCAUGUUUGUUUGAUUUGUGUACGUGUUUUCUGUUCAAAUUAUGAUGCAUUCUCAUUUCCCAUGUUCUUCCUGUUCAUAGUAUCUUCUCAACACUGUUGUCCUUCAAACCACUGCAAUCAAUGUCAUUGGAUAUCAGAUGACCUGCUUAAAUUUCAAGUGCUCUGGCUCUGCAUCCUUUGACUUAAACAAAUCAAUGUUUUUUGCAAUACUUUUCAAUUGUAAUCUAUGUAGAAGGAAGGCCAUUUAAUGAAGGAAAAUGUCAAUUAGAGCAUGAAUGCUCUUAAUAUCAGUCAACAACAAGCCAAGUCAAUGAAGGUGAUCACUCCAGUCUUCCAGAAUAACAGUCCCCUUUAUUACUGAAUUCAGCCGUCCCAUCCAAAGACUAACAUUUAGAACUAUGCCAACACAGUGGUUCUGUAAUCAUCAACAAUAAUCUGUGUUGUUUGUAUUCAUCAGAACAUUGAAGUCAAGCUGUAUGUCAGACUUAACUUUAACGGUCCAUGUUCCUAAUGUUUUCAAUUGUGUUUUUGUUUGAAAAAUCAUUUCACCCUCUGUUCUUGUUUUAUUUUUUUGCCAAUACAUUUUUCUAAUCUAGAAAAUGGUUUCACCAAAGACCCCAUGGCUCUCUCUCUCUCCCACUUGGUUUGACCUGGAUUGAGCUUCCAAUUUUCAUUAUGUUCAAGUUGAAACCUCUAAUAACCCACUGAAGAAACGGAUACACUGUGUCAAGGACAAAUGCUGGCAAGGAUUUUCUGUAUAAAGCAUGAAAGCCUCCAAUAUUCUUUUUUUUCUGCGGUUACCAAAUUCAUGCUAUGCUUAUAAUUCCACCAUUACUGCAGCACUGGAGCCAAAUUCAAAGGCAGAUCUGUCAAUGAACUCAUACUGGCAUGCCCGGGUGUGUGUGGAGAACAAGUUGACUCAGGUUUCUGUCACUCUGCAGAACAGCUGAGUGCGGGCAGAUAAUGUUUCGCAUUUCGCCUCGGUUGUUCAUACUCCACAGGUUUUGGAGUGCAUUGGUGUCGUGUAACACCACAAAUCCAUCCCCGGUACAAACCAAGGCCUUUGCGCACAAUGCUUGUCGACAACAGUCAAACAAAUUAUUAUUGGGUGAAUCUCACAAAAAAACCUGUAAAGAACAGGUCUGAGUUCUAUUUCAGCCCCAAAUCAACCGUAAGAAAUUCUAUUUUGCUUAGAAAAUGAUGCCUAUUUAUAGGACCAUUUAAGCUAAACACAUUUGACAUUUUAUUUGGUAUAUUAUUAAAAAAAAACAAUGCAUUGUAUACUGCAUUUUAAAGUAUAUAAACACAUGGUAGUUGUUCUCACUUCAGUAUGUGCUGAUGUAAGUUUAAAACAUUUAAUACAGUAUUAAAUCCAGUAAAAGUGCUGUAUUACAUUACUAAUUGAAAGUAAUUGAAUAUAUAUAUAUAUAUAUAUAUAUAUAUAUAUAUAUAUUAGGCAAAUUUUUCAGAUUUUUGCCUUUAUUGCUUUGUGACAUUUGUUUUCAUGACUAUUAAGCACAUUUCCUCUCAAAUUUGAAAUACUGUAAUUAAAAAAAAAUGGUGAUAUGAAGAAAAUAAAAAAAAAGUACUUUUGAAGUUGCAUUUUAAUAUGUAUUGUAUUUAAAAUAUAUAUUCAAUACUUAAUUCAAAUAAUGAAAUUAAUAUUUACGGUAGACUAUUGUAUUAAUGAGAAUUACAGUUAAGGAGAACUACAAAAAUGCUCAAAAGUAAGCCCAUGUGAAUGAGAAUUUAAGAGGGCAAUGUGCUUAAUUUUCAUGAAAAUAACAUAAUGAAAAAAAUCUCAGUGGUCCUUAAUAUAGUAGUCAUUUUCUUUACGCAAAAUCGAAAUUAUUUUUAGUUUCAUUUUAUUUUUUAUGAAAAUUACCUAUUUUGUUAAAUUCACCCUAUUAGAAUUGAACACCAAGUUUCACUGAGUGGAUUUUUUUUUACUAUAUUGUAUUUUUAUUUGUUAUUUGAAGCAAUCCCAAAAACAUUGGUCUACUGGUGAUGGAUUGUGAUUUUCCUUCCUCUCUGCUGAAGAAUACCUGUGUGCAUAUAUGCGUGUGUAUGAGCGGGAUGCUCUCAUUAAGGGAUAUGCAGACUUGCAUGGCAGUGUUGUAUAGUUUAAGACUGCGGUACAUUGUAAAUAGCCUUAGAAUGUUUUUUUGGCAAAUCAGAAGAGUGCAAUGAAAAAUCCUCCUAACAAUGUAUCAUUUUUAAAAGAAUAUCAUUUUUGUUAUACAUAUCAUUGUUGACGUUGUUAUUGUGUUCUCAUUUUUUUAAAGAGAUGUAGUAACCAAAAGAUGUUGUUACUACCUUAGAAGACUUGUAUGUUGUAGAUAUUUGGUUUUGAUGUUUGUUAGUUCAUAAGAAUGAAUUUUGGCUCGUCUAAUUUAAAGCUGUCAUCUGAAAUGUGGAUAGAUUACGGCUAAAGGGCUUCAAUGGCUGUAUGUGGUUGUGUGGUAGACACCUGUUUAUUACUGCGCAAUAAUUGCAAAUAUACGCAAUAAUUAUUAGUAUUUUUUUUUUUUUUACAUAAUCCUUUCAAAUAGCUAUAAUAUUGAUUUCUGCAAACAGUGUAGUGUAUAUAUAUAUACAAUUUCUGGUGCUAUUUGUUUAUAUAUAUAUAUAUCACACAUAAUAGCACCAGAAAUUGUCAUGCAUUGUAUUGAGGGUGAAAGGCUUUUAUAAAUGGAUACAUUCUGAGCCAAUAUAUACUUUACACAUAUUUCAGUAUGGGUGAAAGGUUUUGAUGUUUAUUUUGUAGGAUUCAGUUGCUAAAAGAAUCUUGAUUACUUAUCAGUACAGUAUUAUUAUCUUUUCAUAUUUUAUUUUGCAGUUGUACACAACAAGAGCCCAAGGUUUCUGGAUUUUCAGCAGGUUUAACUGGUGUUUUCUGGUUGACAUUUGUCCAUAUGUAAAGGCAUGAGAAAGAUGCAGUCAGCUGUAAUACUGUACCUAUAUGUUAAAAGCAGUAUAGAGAAACACAUUAAGCAAUACUCACUGCAGAUUCACAGAUCUUUAAUGCAGGAAAUCCUCUCAGAUAGCCAUAGUAUAUUUUCUGAUUGACAAUGAGUUGAAAUAAUUAUGCAUAUAUGAAUGGUCACACUUUCUGUACGAGUUAAGCCAAUUGUUAACCCAAAUAACAAUUGUAUAUGCUUUGAUGCAAUGCUGGAAAUCUAUUUUCCUGUCUUUUAUAUCUAUCUAUCUAUCUCUCUCUCUCUAUAUAUACAUACACACACACACACACAAGAUCAGCCACAAUAUUGUGUAGGUCCCCCCUCGUGCCGCCAA